AUGGAAACCGAUAACUUCUUUGUCAAUAGAGGUUCCCUUCCAUCAUAUUCGCAGGCUAUCCUCACCCAAAACGAUCCGCCAAUUCCUCGGCGCACUAAUGCCUGGCGCUUCUCCAAUGCGCCUCGUCAACCAUCCGCAAACAUUUCCUCACCACAGCAGAAUUUCAUGCACCUAGUAGUCACAUACUCCUCCUCUGCACUCUUCUCCAUCCUUACAAUCUUCGGCUGCUCCCGCUUCUUAGUCUUCUUCCUCUUCUUCUAG